AUGGCGUCGUCUAUAACGACGAAACAUGGUCACAAGAAGAAGAGUUGCUCCAGAAAUAUGUCAAGAUUGGGGUGCUUCCUUCUACUAGUAGUGCAAGUGCAACUACUGUUGACGGGUGCUGCUGCUGCAAGAACAACCACUCUUCGAGGGGUACGAAAAAGACCAUCACCUCGAUAUUAUUCGGUUUCUGACGCCGACAGACAGCUUGAUAAAGAUGCAGAUAACAAGAACAACAACAGUGUGGAUAAGAUACGAGGCACCGGCCCUGAUGAUGCUGAUACAGAUGACUAUCCCGCCUUUUCAGGUGCCAGUCGCAAGGAAGCAAAGAGCAAACACAAGAGCCAAAAGGGCGGCACCAGAAAGUCUACUAGCAGCAAACAGCAGCACUCCAAGAGUCUACAACAACACAACAGCCACAACGUUUUUGAUCAUGACACGUCGUCGUCGUCCAGUCGCAGUACGCACAAUGAAACCAGUCAUUCGCUUCAUCAUACCGGUGCAUCUCAAGAUGCAGAAGAAGAAGAAGAAGAAGAAGCAGUAUUGAGCCAAGAACAAAACAAUAAUCUACAACCCGACAAAGUUCCAAUGCAACCAGUCCAAUGCGCAAGAGCCAUGCCCAUUCAAUCGGCUUUGUUGGUGCGCAUGGUCGGGGAACCAUCCUUGCUGACGCGGUUUGAGAAAUUCCAGCUGGGACAAGUCGUUCGAGAGAGUUACAAUGAGUGGAUGCAGUGGGCAUGUGAUGGGUUCCAUCGCUCCGUGGAACAAGUAGAGAUACUACCUGUCGACAACAAUAAUAAUAAUAAUGUUGCUUUGAUUUCGCAAGCUCAUGAAGAGGCAUGGUUGCAAGAUCAAGGGGUUCGAAGCAAUAAUAAUCAGGACGAGGAAGAUGCCUCGGCAAUGCUGUUGUUGGUUGAGGCUGAGGAAUUCACAGAUGAAGAAAAUGAACUUGUUAAAGACGGAGGACAGCCUCCGUCACCGGCUCCUACUUCCCAAUACAAGGACCCAAACAGUUACUAUCAUCCCUUGUACUGGUUCAGCAUAUCGGCUACCUGUCGCAACUGUCCACGAAGCAGUCGCGGAAACUCCAAUCUACUCGCCAGGCAUGCAUCAUCGAUGACAUCCAGGAAUGACACUCGCCUGGUGGAUGACGCUGCUGGUCGACCGGCAUUGUCCGCCGCGUCGUUGAUUUUGCAAGAGGUUUGCUUUUGCCCCCUUGCCAAAGUCGACGACAAUGGAACGGAACCCGCUUUGUUGACCCUUGAUCGACUCUUUCCCGACGCAAAAGCUCCCACAUCCGAAGAGUUGCUCGAGGCAAUCAAUGGGAGGAUUCAACAAUUGCGAUCGGACGGGACACUGCUUCAUGUCGAACGACUUAUACAACUCACCGAACCUGACUACGCAUAUUAUGCCGAAGCAACCAUGUUGGAGACGGAGCAUAGCAUUGACGAAACGACAACUAGCGAUGGUACCGUCCACCAUGAGGGGGGCGAGGAACCGGCGAACUUUGCGAACAACAAUGGCGAAAAUGCAAGCCAUGACCUUGAGAGUACCGAAGACGGCCUUGGUGAGGAAGUGGAAGUGGGUGUUGUUAUUCCUCCCAACGACAAUUCGCCAUUGGAAACGACCCCAACAUCGUCAACAGCUCCAACACUGCCUGCUGCAGCUCCAGAUAUUUCUCCAACACAUUCCCCAACACCAACAGAGUCAAAAGGACAAAGGAUAUCAUGUGUAUCGAUGAGUGUCACUGCUUCAGUGACAGCACUUGGGUUCUUCCUAUGGACUGCCUAA